CAGUAGGGGACUGUGAGGAGGCCUCACCGCUUAGGUGGUAACAGCAUAUCUGGGCAUCUGCAGAGGCAGAACGGCAAGUGCUCUGAGACAUUUUAUAUGGAUCGGUUAAUACUGCUUCGCUCAAAAGACACUUUGAGUAAAUAAGACAUAAGGACGAUUUUUAGGUAAUUUAAGAGAAUCUGAGGCCUCUGCGGUACAACUGAACAUUUCUGCCCCGGGAAGGAAAGUCAGGAGUUGGAAUCCCUGUAUGGUCCAGACUGUGAACUCCGAGGGACUGCAUUUCUAAGCACCGUGUCACCUGUGAGAGGUGCCUUUGACAGAGCCGCGUCAAACCAGAGUCAGCUGCCUGUUUAACAAACGCUGUUAGAAGCAGUCUGCAUUGUCUAGCCCAAGGCCGACGAAGCUGCACCACGGGAGCCCUCAAAACAGCGGGAUUCCGGGAUCCAGCCUGUUUCUCCACGUGCCGCUCGCUUCCGACCAGCGCUCAACGUCAUCAAGCAGCGCCGGAAGUGCCUUCGCGCUGCCUAGGAGACGGGACGCGGGGCCCUCGGCUGACAGGGCCCGGCUGGCCGCGCCCACCCGGUCGCCAUGGAGCUGCCCCCAGGGCCGCGCGACGAUCCCCGCGCCUGGGAAGAUGACUCGGACCCGGAGUCGGAGCCCGACCCGGACGCGCAGGCCGAGGCUUACGUGGCCCGCGUACUCAGUCCGCCGAAAGUCGGGCAGGCGCCCCCACGCGCCCCUUUGCUGUCCGCGCCCGUCGCAUCCCCUGGCGCCCUGGAGCUGCGGGCGGCGUCCAAGGGUGCGCCCGUGGGGGUCCCGGGACUGCUGAGCCUUCCUCCGGAGCUGCUGCUUGAGAUCUGCGCCUACCUAGACGCGCGCCUGGUGCUCCAUGUCCUGCCGCGCGUGUGCCACACACUGCGCGACCUCGUGCGUGACCAUGUCACCUGGAGGCUACGCGCGCAGCGCCGCGUACGCGCGCCCUACCCAGUGGUGGAAGAGGAGGACUUCGACUGGCCAACAGCCUGCAUCGAGCUGGAGCAACACCUGUCGCGCUGGGCGGAGGAUGGGCGCUGGGCUGAGUACUUCUGCUUGGCUGAUGGGCACUUUGCUUCCAUUGACUCGGUGCUGCUGCUCCAGGGUGGAGCGCUUUGUCUGUCAGGUUCCCGAGAUCGCAAUGUCAACCUGUGGGACCUGCGGCAGCUGGGGGUGGAGCCCAGCCAGGUUCUAGUCAAGGCCCUGGGCACCGAGAAGAACAGUACCCACAAGGGCUGGGUGUGGUCGCUGGCAGCGCUGGACCACCGCGUGUGCUCUGGUUCCUGGGACAGCACGGUGAAGCUCUGGGACAUGGCGGCUGAUGGGCAGCAGUUCGGCGAGAUAAAGGGCAAGGCGGCUGUGCUGUGCUUGUCCUACCGGCCUGACAUCCUCGUGACUGGCACCUAUGACAAGAAAGUGACCGUCUACGACCCCAGAGUUGGCCCGGCCCUGCUGAAGAGCCGGCGGCUGCACUCCAGUGCAGUGCUGGCGCUGCUGGCGGACGACCGGCACAUCAUCUCGGGCAGCGAGGACCACACGCUCGUGGUGUUCGACCGCCGGGCCAACAGCGUCCUGCAGCGCCUGCAGGUGGGCCCUCCCCGCGGGUCCAGAGGGACCGGGGCGGUGGCUUGGCCUAGUCUGAGCUGCUCUGUCCUGUAUCCCUCCCACAGCUGGACUCCUACCUGCUCUGCAUGUCCUACCAGGAGCCCCAGCUCUGGGCUGGUGACAACCAGGGCCUGCUGCACGUCUUCGCCAACCGCAACGGCCGCUUCCAGCUUGUCCGGUCUUUUGAUGUGGGCCACAGGUCUCAGAUCACAGGGAUCAAACACUCGCUGGGGGCCUUGUACACCACGUCCACCGACAAGACCAUCCGGGUGCACGUGCCCACGGAUCCGCCGAAGACCAUCUGCACCCGAAACCACAACAAUGUGCUGAAUGGGAUCUGCGCGGAGGGCAACCUGGUGGUCGCCGCUUCUGGGGGCCUAUCUCUGGAGGUCUGGAGGCUGCAGGCCUGAGCGGGCAGACGCCGAUGUGGAGGGGGAUCUGCCGGCCCACAGGCUGGGCCAUGGCCUCUGUUCUCGG